AUGCAGUCGAUGACCCUUUUACCGGCGCCGUCGCCCGCAUCUUCGCGGUUCUACAAGCUCUGCGCACAGAUCCUCCGACCCUCCUUCCGUCGGCAUCAAUCAUCUUACAGACGGACGAGAUCCAGGCUUAAUAUCAAGCCAGAUCCAGACUUUCUACCUUCCAAGACCGAGCUACACGACCACAUCAUCUACAAUCCUCCUUCAAGCAUGCCCAAUGUCUACCACACGCCGAACAUCUUCCUGCCUAAAAAUGACCGCAGAAAGGUGUUUCCGGACCCUGAAACACGACAAACACUCUUACAAUCGGCUCAGCAGCUACCGGCCCUUCGGGGGCAGACGGAAAAACGAUAUCACUUAGCGGAGAAGGACUUGAAAGAGAUGAGGGAAUUGAGGAGGGCAGACCCCACGCAAUGGAGCGUCAGUCGGUUAUCGAAGAAAUUUGACUGCUCUCCAGUCUUUACACACCUGGUCGUCGAAGGGCUAGCCCCAGAAAAGGGCAAGGAACAGAAAAUGGUGACCGACGUUGUCAAGUCGAAUUGGGGCAAGAAAAGACGGGAGGCACGCGAGGAUAGACAGAUCAGAAAGGAACGCUGGUAUAGAGAUGCUUGA